AUGAUCCCCGUGGCCGAGUUCAAGCAGUUCUCGGAGCAGCAGCCCGCCUUCAAGGUGCUGAAACCCUGGUGGGACGUGCUGGCGGAGUACCUCACGGUGGCCAUGCUGAUGAUCGGGGUCUUCGGCUGCACCCUCCAGGUGACACAGGACAAGAUCAUCUGCCUGCCGAGUCAUGAGCCCCGUGAGAACGCAUCGGCUGCCCCGUGCCGGCAGCUGCUGCCGCGGGGGGUGUCCGAGCAGAUGGGGGCCCUGCGGGAGCUGAGCGGCCGCAAGAACAACUUGGACCUGCAGCAGUACAAUUUCAUCAACCAGCUGUGCUACGAGACGGCCCUGCACUGGUACGCCAAAUACUUCCCCUACCUGGUGGUCAUCCACACGCUCAUCUUCAUGGUCUGCACCAGCUUCUGGUUCAAGUUCCCGGGCACCAGCUCCAAGAUUGAGCACUUCAUCUCCAUCCUGGGCAAGUGCUUCGACUCGCCGUGGACCACCCGCGCCCUGUCCGAGGUCUCUGGGGAGAACCACAAGGGGCCCUGCCCCCGGGCGCGUGGUGGCUGUGGCGCAGGUGCGGGGGCAGCCACUGGCGGAGGCCCAGGCUCGGGGAAGGCAGGUGAGGGCGAGAAAGAGAAGAUGCUGGCGGAGCCGGAGAAGGUGGUGACCGAGCCGCCGGCCGUCACGCUCCUGGACAAGAAGGAGGGUGAGCAGGCCAAGGCCCUGUUUGAGAAAGUCAAGAAGUUCCGGGUGCACGUGGAGGAGGGGGACAUCCUGUACAGGAUGUACAUCCGGCAGACGGUGCUCAAGGUGUGCAAGUUCGUCGCCAUCCUGGCCUACAACCUGGUCUACGUGGGGCAGAUCAGCUUCCUGGUGGCCUGCAGGGUGGAGACGUCGGAGGUCACGGGCUAUGCCAGCUUCUGCUGCAACCACACCAAAGCCCAUCUCUUCUCCAAGCUGGCCUUCUGCUACAUCUCCUUCAUGUGCGUCUACGGCCUCACCUGCCUCUACACCCUCUACUGGCUCUUCCACCGGCCCCUCAAGGAGUAUUCCUUCCGCUCGGUGCGCGAGGAGACGGGCAUGGUGGACAUCCCUGACGUCAAGAACGACUUCGCCUUCAUGCUGCACCUCAUCGACCAGUACGACUCGCUCUACUCCAAGCGCUUCGCCGUCUUCCUCUCCGAGGUCAGCGAGAGCCGCCUCAAGCAGCUCAACCUCAACCACGAGUGGACGGCCGAGAAGUUGCGGCAGAAGCUGCAGCGCAACGCCCGCGGCUGCCUGGAGCUGGGCCUCUGCAUGCUGCCCGGCCUGCCCGACACCGUCUUCGAGCUCAGCGAGCUGGAGGCCCUGCGGCUGGAGGCCAUCAGCGACGUGGCCUUCCCGCCGGCCCUCUCGCAGCUGGUGCACCUGCAGGAGCUCAGCCUGCUGCACUCACCCGCCAGGCUACCCUUCUCCUCGCAGGUCUUCCUGCGGGACCGCCUCAAGGUCAUGCGGGUCAAGUGCGAGGAGCUGCGGGAGGUGCCCCUCUGGGUAUUUGGGCUACGCGGCCUGGAGGAGCUGCACCUCGAGGGCCUCUUCCCCGCCGAGCUGGCCCGGGUGGCCGCCCUGGAGAGCCUGCGCGAGCUGAAGCAGCUCAAGGUGCUGUCUCUGCGCAGCAACGCCAGCAAGGUCCCAGCCAGCGUGACCGACGUGGCCGGCCACCUGCAGCGGCUCAGCCUGCACAACGACGGCGCCCGCCUGCUGGCCCUCAACAGCCUCAAGAAGCUGGCCGCACUGCGGGAGCUGGAGCUGGUGGCCUGCGGGCUGGAGCGCAUCCCGCACGCCGUCUUCAGCCUGGGGGCCCUGCAGGACCUGGACCUCCGGGACAACCAUCUGCGCUCCAUGGAGGAGAUCCUCAGCUUCCAGCACUGCCGGAAGCUGGUCACGCUCCGGCUCUGGCACAACCAGAUCGCUCACGUGCCUGAGCAUGUGCGCAAGCUGCGGAGCCUGGAGCAGCUCUACCUCAGCCACAACAAGCUGGAGGCCCUGCCCACCCAGCUGGGCCUGUGUGCAGGCCUCCGCCUGCUGGACGUCUCCCACAACGGGCUGCGCGCCCUGCCGCCUGGCCUGGGCCUGCUCCAGAGCCUGCAACACCUGGCCCUCUCCUACAAUGCCCUGGAGGCCCUGCCUGACGAGCUCUUCUUCUGCCGCAAGCUGCGGACGUUGCUCCUGGGCUAUAACCACCUGGGCCAGCUCUCGCCCCUUGUGGGGACGCUUAAGGCCCUCAGCCGCCUGGAGCUCAAGGGCAACCGGCUGGAGGUGCUGCCCGAGCAGCUGGGCCACUGCGUGGCGCUCAAGAGGACGGGGCUGGUGGUGGAGGACACCCUCUACGAGGGUCUGCCAGCCGGAGUGCGGGAAAAGAUGGAGGAGGAGUGA